GGCGAAGAGAGUAAAUAGAGAGAGAAGCCUCAAGAUGGCUGACUCUCUGAGCUCCGUUCUCCUCGGCGGAGCAGCCCUCGUCAAAAGCCCGCUCCCGAAGCCGACCGAGGCGAAGAGAGCCCCGGACAACCGCUCUCAGUCCUGCCGGGACUUCACCGCACCGCCGCCCAAGAAGCUCCGAGUCGAGGAGAGGAGCGUGAAACCAAAGAAAGUCAUCCGGGAUGGAGGGCUACUGGGAGGCAACUGCAGCGGCGGAGAGAAACUCCAGCAGCAGCCGACGAAGCAGGCGAGUCCCGCGGGCUUAUGGAGCCUCAAUUCGGCCGUUGCGGGAAGCCAAGCACCCCCGAAUACCCACAAAAUGUUAAAGCAGAGUGACUUCUUCCUCCCCAAGACACCAUCUUCUAAGACCAAGAAGCCGAGCAAGGAUAAAGAGAGGGUAAAGGGGAGCGGAGAAGUGAAAAAGAAACUGUUCUUCACCCCGGGGAGCAACGCUAGCAGCGAUCUUAGCAGAUUUAACCACAUUUCUGCAGUGAAAAGACAAAAUGGAGAUGCUACGUUACCACCAAAAGGUCUCCUGCUGCCCGGCAAGACGAAAGAGCGAGAUCGAGAGGAGCGUGAGGAGAAGAAGAAGCACAAAGUGAUGAAUGACAUCAAGAGGGAGAAUGGUCAAGUCAAAACACCCAUUAAAGAUGGCGAAGUCAAUGCCAAGAUCAACUCGGAACUGCAAAUCAAAAAAGCCAAGAAGAAAAAGAAGAAGAAACACAAAGAGGGCGAGAAGCACAAGCGAGUGAAGAUGUACCACCGCUCGUGUCAAACCAUUUGUGCCGGCCUGCUCCUUCUCCCGUCUCCUCCUCCUCCACUUGCGAAUUCCUCUGACGCCGUAUCUCAGUUCAAAUCGCCGCUGCCAGUUUACCCGAAUGACAAAAGCACACACCUGCACAAGAUCUGGCAUGCUUCUCCAAACAAGCACCCGGCACGCUGCAUCCAUCCAGGCAUGGCCGGCCUGGAGUUUGCACCUUACAUCCACAUCGAGUGUCAGCCUAACGGAGGGGCUCUGGUGGCCCAUGCAUACACCUCGCAACUCUCCUCGCUUUCCCCGGGCCAGCGGCAGAGGUUUGCCCAGGAGUUUGUCACUUUGGCAUUCAGUGAGGACUCGUCACAGGCUGCUCAUUAUGUCAUGGGUAUCAUCCACGGGGAGGCCGCCUACCUGCCUGAUUUCCUGGAGUACUUCUCCACCAAGUUCCCAUCAGCGCCGGUCAAAAAGGAGAUCCUGGGAAAGAAGGACAUAGAAACCACCACCAUGGCUAAUUUCUACUCUCAGGUGAAGAGAACCUACAGUCACGGCACAUACCGAGCCGGCGCCAUGCGACAGAUCAGCCUGGUGGGAGCCGUGGACGAGGAGGUGGGGAACUUCUUCCCAGAGUUCCUCAGCAUGCUAGAGGAGUCGCCCUUCCUCAAGCGGACUCUUCCAUGGGGAACGUUGUCCAGUCUAAGCCUGAUGAGUCCCGAUGAGAGCGACGAUGGUCCCAUCAUGUGGGUCAGACCGGGAGAGCAGAUGAUACCUGUAGCAGACAUACCAAAGUCGCCUUUUAAAAGAAAACGCUCCACCAAUGAGGUGAAAAACCUCCUCCAGUCCCUGCCCAGGACCAGUGAGCCCAGAGAGAUGUUGUUCGAGGACAGAACGCGAGCUCAUGCUGACCAUAUCGGCCAAGGUUUCGAGCGCCAGACCACAGCGGCGGUUGGCGUGUUGAAAGCCGUGUGUUUCAAAGAAGGCUCAGAGCCUCCUCGCGUAACCAAAGACGUUGUGUGCUUCCACGCUGCUGAGUUCCCAUAUGUAGUUCAGCGGCUACAGUUGGAUCUAUAUGAACCUCCGCUCUCUCAGUGUGUGCAGUGGGUGGACGAUGCCAAGCUGAACCAGCUGCGCCGCGAGGGCAUCCGAUACGCCCGCAUCCGCCUAUGUCACGACGACGUAUACUUCAUCCCCCGCAACGUGGUCCACCAGUUCAAGACGGUGUCGGCCGUCUGCAGCCUGGCCUGGCACGUUCGCUUGAGGCAGUAUCACCAAGGAGACGUGGAAGGGGAGGAAAAGGAGGGAGAGAAGAAUGAAGAAGAAGCCAAGGAGAGGAUAAAGCUGGAGGAGGUGGAGGGUGAAAGCAGAAACAGGACGUUGCCAAGUGUGGAUAACGACCAUCAGCAUCAUUCACCCCUUUUGUCUCGCUCAGAGGACUCGGAAGCGAGCGGAGCAAGCAAUAAGGAGCAGAAAGAUGAACAACCACAUCAGAUUAAUGUCAAAGCAGAACUUCCUAAACCGGACAAAUCCCCUUCGCCUCUUCUGAAGGCCACCCCAGCCCCUCCUCAUUCUCCUCCUGAUGCAAAAGCAUCAGCAACCAACCAUCAUCACUACUUCCCGCAUCACAGAGAGAGAGAGAGUACCAGCACAUCGCCUUCCAGUUUAUCAUCUUCAUUAGCUGCUCCCAAUCCAUCAUCGUCUUCCUCUUCAUCACCGAGUCCCAAACCUGCACCGGACUCUCAUCCUCUUUCUUCAGAUGCUGCGUCUUCCCAAAUCAUCCCUUCCCCUCAGAAGGAUAAACACUCGCCCCGCGAAGUGGUCUCCAACAGGUGGACUUCGAUGCCAUUCGAGGUUCACGCCCCCGUCAGCUCCCAUGGCGACACACGGACUCAAACGCUCGCGGAGAAAUGGACUCACGGUGCUGACGCAAGCCCCAGGACCUUCAACCCGCUUCAUCCGGACACGGCGAGGCACGUGCAGCAAUACACCCACCCUCCUCCUCCCCUCCCUCCACCUCAUCUCCCUCACAUCCUCCCCCCCUCCUUCUCUCCUCUCCUGCCUCACUCCCACCUCCCCCACAGGUCUCCCCAAAAUCUGCCCCACUUCCUCAGUCAGGCGCAUCACAUCAACCAGCUGCACUUGGACCCCAGCAGCCAGUCCCAGCCCUACUACCCCCACACUCCACUCCCGCCGCUCCCCCCUCACCCACACCACCAGUUCCACCCGCACGCCAAGCCCUUCUACCCCUCGCACUUCCCUUUCCUCCCCUCACAGACGUUCCCCCAGCACACACCCGCCUCUUUCCUGCCUCAGUACCAGUCCGCCGCUCCCUCACCCUCCCUCCCGCACCCUCCGCCUCACGCCUUCCCACCGCCUCCACCGCCGCCGCCCUCCACGGCGCAGUCUCCGCCUCCCCCGCCACCCCCUCUGCCACCCCCUCUGCCCCCAGCCCCUCCAAAGUGUGAGGAGGGGCAGAGUUUAUAGUUUCGGGAUAAAAAAAAAUGUACAGGUUUUAUUUGGGUUGGUGUAAAGCAAUGUAAAAAGGAAAAUGAUUUAACACAAUUUUCAAGUUUUGUUUUAGAUAGUACUGAUGAUUUGAGCUUUUAUUUUAUGUACAGCUCACAGAAAGGGUUCAGCUGUUUGGCAUGAAGGAAGUUCCCCAAUUCAGUGCUUCCUUCUAGCCAAUGAAGACGAUUAAUUAUCUGUAAUUGCCAGCCCUGGGUUAUGCAUCAGCCUUGCAUUGUUUCCAAGCUACUGAUGAGUCAUUACGUCUGAAUAUUAACAGCAAUGUUGCAAUCAUGUCUGCUGAACUUAAAUACUGAUCACUGUAAAGAAAAUGGAAAUUACACAAUCAGGAAGAAUCCUAAAUUGUAAUUCAGUAUUGCACACAUGCAGCAUAUCACUACUUCCUAAAUGUAACAGUCAGUUCUUCCAAGACUUUUUGUACACGUCACAACUACUUUAUUUGCUUAUUAUGAAUGUUUGAUACUUCCAAAAGCACUUAGUGACAGACAUUCUGCUUCCAAAACAAUGUGUCGCUCAUGGAAUGUUUCUUUCUCCUCCCACGUGCUAAUGUAGCCCACGACAUUCCCCUUCUAGUGCCUGUCCUCAUGGAAUGUUCAUACGAGAGACUUUGUCCUUUUCAUCAAGUUCCUGGUUUGUGACUCUUCCCACUGGACAAUUAGACCAAAGCCUUAAAAAAAAUUAUCAGCUUUUCUGGGGAACUGCCCAGAAGCCAAGUUGAGUUUUCCACUGUUUUAGUCUCACCGCUAGAGUGGAAAAUCUCUCCCAAAAUAUGUAAGCUAAUGCCUCACUUCUCAUGCUUUUUUUUUUUUUUGCCCCCCUCAGAAAGCUUCACUUGAGAGGUGGAGCACUUGAUGCGCCUUUUGAGGUUCAAACAAAACAAAUUCUGAUGUGAUCUUUUUUUUUGUUGUUUUAUACAGUAGAAAGUCUUCAGGGACUUUUUCAGGAUUUAUUUAUCUGUGUUUUUCUAUUUGGUUUCAGCACUGUAGUGUACAUAAGAGGUUUUGUAAAGCGUUUCUACUUUAAAUAAGUAAGAGCCUAACUAAUAAAAAGGUUCACUGGAUAAACUAAAUAGUUGGUUGCCUACCAUCCAUCCGUUUUCUAUGCCGCUUAUCCUCACUAGGGUCGCAGGUAUGCUGGAGCCUAUCCUUGCUGACUUCAGGCAAGAGGUGGGGUACACCAGUCGCAGGGCUCAUAAAGACAAACAUUCACAUUCAUACCUAUGGACAAUUUAGAGCCUAAAAUAUGCAUGUUUUUUUGGAAUGUGGGAGGAAAUUGGAGUAUCUGCAGAAAACCCACGCACGCACAGGGAGAUCAUGCAAACUCCAGAGAGAUGCCCAACGGAGAUUCGAACCCAGAUCUUCCUGAUCUGACCACGCGUCUACCGUGCAGCCCUGGUUGCCAACCAUUAUAACAAAUUUGUCUUUUUCUGAUGAGUAAAUGAUUACUUCUACUUGAAAGUGAGUCGUAUGGCCUGGAAUGCUUUCACUUCCUCUUAGUGUGUUCCUGAAGGACAGGCGCCAUAAACACUAAAGUCAGAGCUGUGGGUACACCGCUAGUAGAGCUAACAUGGAUGUGCACAUUUAGCAGAAAAUCUGACAAUUUCAGAGGAGGAUCAUCUUUUAUUUUUAUAUAAGAUGACUUAUAAUAGCAAAACAUCUGAAUUACUUAUCAGCACAGUGCAAAAUGAUGCAAUUAAUGUGAAAAAUGCAAUGUUUCUAUCCAGAAUGUCACAUUUUAGGCUUGAGUCUCUCAAGAAUGUAAAUAACUUCAGCCACAGAGUACAGUACUUGACUUUGGACAAAAUAAUAAGGAUGCUUGAUUGCACUUAAUAAUUUGUAUGGCAUUAAUGGACUAGCAAUACAGUACUAAACACGUUGGUACCAAAAUACAAUAUAACAAUGUAAUAUUCCAGUGUAUUGUUCACCCUAGUCUUGCAAGUUUCAGUGCCAAGUCUGGUGAGGUUUUCAAAUGGCAGCUUUUAGGCCUCUCUCCGCUCAGGAAAAAUGUUGAAGCCCAGCUCCACCAGCGCCCCUAGCAGCAUGGUCCACAGAGGAAUGCACACAAAGGUGAGCUUCACCUCGGCCAGUCUCUCCAGCUUGGCACACAGGGUCAGGCAGAAGCCCAGCUUGAGCAGCAUGGCCGCCAAGUACCAGGCGCGCAAACGCAUGUCUGGUGAGCCGUUGCGGGGGUCGAAGCCUGGCUUGCACCGGCCGGCCAUCUUGAUGGUGAGCAUGAGGAGGAGGAUGCCGUCGAAGACCCACACCGGGAGGAAGAUGAGGAACCAGUUCCACUGCACCUAAAUGAAACCCCAUGUUAUUGUGUGAUUGCAAAAGCGACAAGGUGGGGGGGCCUACAAUCAGUGACGCGUGGAAACAAAUUUCCGUGGUACCUCGUUCAACAUUUGGGCGAUCUUGAGCACCUGUGGCGGCAAGGACGUCAGAGGUGAUUUAAGCCCCAGCUGCCAACUAAUCACUCUCCUUCUCCAGGGUGGGGGACAUGCUGCAGUUCAUUCUCCCAACUUUGGUUUGGUAGUUUUUGUUGACUUCAGAUUUACAUUCCGCAACAUACAUACACACUUCGAUGC